AUGUCUUUAGAGGAAGCGUUUGUGUCGACCCAUGAGGAGAAGUUGACGUCCAAUGAAUCGUGGGACUGCAGGAGCGUGCCGGACCCCUCGGGGUCACCUGUGUGGCACGCGGGCGUCUUCAUCGCCGCCGUGUACGCGCUCAUCAUCGCCGUGGGGCUCGUGGGCAACGUGACGCUCAUCCGAACCUUUUGCACGGCCAAGUCCAUGCGCAACGUGCCCAACCUCUUUAUGUCCAGCCUGGCUUUCGGCGACGUGCUGCUGCUGGUGACGUGCGCGCCCGUGGACGCCUGCCGCAUCCUGGCGAGCGAGUGGCUCUUUGGCAGGGUGGGCUGCAAGCUCAUUCCCUUCAUCCAGCUCACUUCCGUCGGGGUGUCUGUGUUCACCCUCACCGCGCUGGCGGCGGACAGAUAUAAAGCCAUUGUGAAACCCAUGGACAUCCCAAUGUCCCUUGCCACAGCCCGGAUCUGCUUGAGGGCUUCUGCAAUCUGGCUCUUGUCCAUGGUCCUGGCCAUCCCAGAAGCCAUCUUCUCUGACCUGCACCCUUUCCACAUCUCAGGCACCAAUGAAACCUUCAUAACAUGUGCUCCAUUCCCUCAUGGGGAGGAUCUCCACCCCAAAAUCCACUCCAUGGCCUCCUUCCUUAUUUUCUAUGUCAUUCCUCUCUUCAUCAUCUCUGUGUACUACUUCUUCAUCGCCAGGAGUCUGAUUCGGAGUGCGACUAACAUGCCUGUGGAGGGGAACAUAGCCAUUAGGAGACAGAUCGAGUCAAGGAAGCGCCUGGCUAAGACGGUGCUGGUGUUUGUGGGCCUUUUCGCUGUCUGCUGGCUGCCCAAUCAUGUGAUCUACCUGUACCGCUCCUACCACUACUCCGUGGUGGACGCCUCCAUGAGCCAUUUCAUCGCCAGUGUGACUGCACGUAUUCUGGCCUUCACCAACUCAUGCGUCAACCCAUUCGCCCUGUACCUGCUGAGCAAGAGUUUCCAGAAGCAGUUCAACAAACAGCUGUGCUGCUGCUGUCCUCCUCUGUCGCGGCGCACCCAUAGUGUGGUGCGUGGUAACACACGCAUGAGCUCUCUGAAGAGCACGCAGAACCACACAGUGGCCAGCUUCAGCCUAGCCAACGGCAACCAUCUGUACCAAGAGGGCUAG